AUGCGUACCAAUUCUUCAUCCACGAAUGCGCUGCGUCGAUCUGAUGCGAUAUCCUUAACAAACGAGCAAAGAAAAGAAUGGAGCGCUUGUCUGUCGAACAAAUCCACUCAGGACGUUCGUGCUCUUUGGCUCGUUGCGGCCCCGAACGAAGAAAGGAGAACGUUCCUUGUCGCGCACAUCGCUAUUCGAUUCUGGGAGAACCGACUCAGGGCCAAAAGCGCAUUCUGGACGCUGCGUGAAGAGUUUCCCGACCUCCACGACAGAAUCAAUCUUUUCAUCGCUGCGCUGAACGGUGGCCCAGCUGAUGUUGCUCGUGGGUACGGGCUAGUAAGGCUAGAAGCGCGCGGACGCAAGAAGACGAUCCGCAAUAUCAGUGCUGUAAAGGUUGAGGGCCAGAACAACGUGCAGAGACCGACAAAUGAGGAGCGUGAGGACAAGGCGGUUACCUUGAAGCCGCAAAUUGUGCGGAAAGCGACCAGCAAAACGCCCGCUUAUGCAAAGUUGGACUUGGCCUCGAUCGGCGUCACGAGAGAGAAGUUCUGUGGUCCGAGAUAUUAG